AUGGCGCCGGUGCCAGCCUGGACUCGCGAGUGGCGGCCGCUUGCCAGACAGCUCUGCGCCCAUAUUAGCGGCAAUAACCAGAACCAUGAAGAAGAGCAGUCUUCAUUCUCCAAAGAGGCGCUCUUCCUGCGUGCUGAUCGCGUCGUGGGGCAGCUGUACUCGCACCGAUUUGUGGACACUCUACCCCAGGAUGUCCAUGCUCAAGCCCAAGCGCUUGCUACCAAAUUCCGCGUUCAUUCGCUCGAGGAGCGAGCCGACAAACUGCUGCAGCUAGCUCCACAAUGCGAAUAUCAAGUGCUUAAGCUUUUGCUGGAGCUAGCGACGUCUCCGACAACUGCCACGGACCAAGAAGUGGCAGUGGAUCAAGACACUAAAAGCAGGUGGAAUACGGUGUUGCAACAGCAGCAACUUAAAAUCCAGCAGGAAAAACUGAUGCAGGAUCAACUGGUGGAGGAAUUGUUCCAGAUCUCCACCAAUGAUGAAUGGUAUCAAGCUUGGGAGGACAGUGACGAGGACGAGAGCGACUGGGACAUGAAUAGCGCAGAUGGAAGUGCAGUGGAGAGUGAACGAAGUGUAAAUGCUGGUCACCGUAACGCCAAGAGACCAACUGAAGCGUUAGAGGACGAGAAACUGAUGCCGUUUACGCUGGACCGGCCGUGGUUGCUGUGUGAAGCAGUGGAAACAGUAGUGCGAAUGAUUUUCGAGGCGUUGCAUGGAGUUGACUCGCUAUUGUUUGAGUUCCACCCAGUGAGACCUUCGCCGUCGAUCUUCAGUUUCGAUUUCCAGACGAAAAUGGUCAAACGGUCUCGAGAUUCAUUCAAUGUGGCAGUCGGACACCUCUCACCUUUGGCUUUACAGCAUAUACUGGACACUUUCACGCAAGCAGCGACCGAGCUGCAGACUCUUCGAGAUUUUGUCGGGUUUAUUCGCCGAGUACGGGAUCUGAGUGUGCAGCAUAGAUGCGUGACGCUGGAGGGCUUGGCUCAUGCAUUGUCGGAUUCGACUCCGUGGUCCGGAAUAACCCCACGACAGCCUACGUUACUGGGAAUUUACGGAGGAUUAAAGGAGACUUUCAAGAUGAUCUCGUGGCUCAAAGGCAUCCUGAUGGAGUGUUUUAGUGGUCUUUCGGAUCGACAUUGGCAUGAAGUGAAGCGUGCCGAGCAAGCGAAGUGUGUGCUUGAUUCACUGUAUCGUAUCAUGGAAGUGGAGUAUGUUGAAGGCAUAACAGCUGACGAAGCUGCUAGAAACUCAGGUCGCUUAGCACGAUGUGAUGUGCUGCUACAUUUAUUUACUGGAGCAUUGAGUCCGUACUUGGAUUUAAUUAACCGGAUGGUCUUUGAACGGGGUCACUUUGAGACGAUUCCUCUGGAUGGAGAGCUGUUCUUCGCAUCGACAAGUGCUGGAGCAUCUCCAGUACGCGAAAGCCGAAGAAACCGAAGCUUUCGAGAAGGACUGAUGCUGCUCGCUCCGUUUCAAGUGAAUCGAUCUCUAGUCCCGACGUUCCUGGAAUCGACGAUACCCUUGAUGGACGAGGCUUUGGCUAGUCGACAGCUGAAAAACCGGUUUUUGCAGCAACACACGGAACUGGAAACAAUGGGGUGCUGUCUUUCCUCCCAGCAAGUAUUGGUGGAGUGCGUGCCUUUCAACAGGAUUUUGGAGCGAUGUCUCACUAUACACCUCGAAGAGAAGUGUCGUAAACUUAAUGGCGAGAUCACUGAUAUCUUUCGAGAUAAACUGAACUACUUGGGGCACGUGGAAGCGCUUCGAAUGUUCGUCCUCAUGGAACAGCAAGACGUGUUUAACGUUUUCAGUGAAAGGUUAAUCGCGCACAUGCAAGAGAAUCCUAUCGCAUGGGCGGACAGUGAGGUAAUUAACUCGUUCCAUCAGAGUGCAGUGCAAGGAGUGUUCGAGGACAACUCGUUGUCAUCCUCCCAGAGGCAAAUUGGCGGUCGGUUGUCUGUUGGUGUCGACUUUAACCUGCUGGAUAGCGCUACAAGCAGCGCAAGAAUCGAUAUCGCUACACUGAAGUGUAUGCACUUCACAUUCGCUGCCCAGCAGCCACUUCGAGUGUUUUUUAGCGCGUCGAUCAUGCAGAAGUACUCGAGGCUUGGAGUUUUCCUCGUCCAAGUGAAAUCAGUGGAGUCCGCCCUGGUCAAGGUACGUGGCUUGCGGUGCGUCAUUGAGUACGCCGGAGUGACAGACUAA